AUGGCCGCCUCCACGGCACCCCGCCCGCCGCGGAGCGUGCUUCGUCGGGCGCACGCGGGGGUGCCGGAGGGACGGAUUGGGACGCGGGGAGUCUGGAUGCGCAGGCGAAGGCACUGGAAGGCGCAGGGAGGCGCGCGGGGGAUGCGGAUGCCAACGCCAGGGCCCAGCACCAACGCCAGCACCAGCACCAGCACCUACGACAACACCAACACCAACACCUACGACAACGGCAACACCAACACCAAGGCGGAUAUGAAUCCGCGCGUGCCUCGGCUUCGCGGGCGUCGUGCCUGUGUGCCUGGCCCGCCGUGCCUCGAGCCGGGAUGCAUCAUGCAUCCGCUCGACGUCUAUGCUGGUGCAUGUCGGAUGACAGAUGUGUGCGCGGGGGAACAGGAUACAGGAGACCAGGGCCCAGCCUGGCUGUGA